AAGGAGCACGAGCAAAUCAUCGCAUCCACCGUCUAACAUUUGGUACUGAGGAUCCAAAAAUUGGGAGAUCAUAAUUAUCUCGCUAGCUGAGUGUCACCUUGAAUGUCGAAAUACUGAUUUGCCUCUCCUCGGGGACGUUGUCAAGUAUCCUAACGCUACCACGACGAGCAUGAGUUUACAUCUCACAGAGAUCCUCGUUCGGUGCCGUUUUGCCUUGAUAUGAGGUCAAGCUGAGCCGUAAGACAGCUCUUCUGGGCCUAUAUAAGUCGUUUCUCUCGCUCAGAACAAUCUCAUCUCCACCUCUUCUCACUGCUUCUCUCUCUGAAUUCAUCCUCGAAUCCACAAUCGUUUGCCAUCGCAGCUACUGCAACCCAUUUCUCAAAAUGAAAAUCUCGUCGAGCCCCUUCAUGCUGUUCGCCUUUAUUGCAGUGUCUUCAUCCCUGGGAGCCCUCGCUGCUCCAGUUCGCGACGUUGGUCGCGUCCAUGUGGGCCGCAUCGGGACAUCAGAUAUCUUUUUUGAAGCCCGUGGACUUGGCCUGCCGGACAAUGGCGUUGAAGAGAAGGUCGAGGGCAUAAUUGACGGUUUGGCCCACGGGUCUGUCAAGGCUCGUGAUGAACUUAAUCCCUUUGAAGGCGUCGCCGGAGUUGCCGCUAAGGAAGUCAAAGAGGUACCCUUCGCGGUGGCGAAAACCUUUCUUGGUCUCGAUGAUCAACUCCCGAGCGACGGACAAGGACGACGAAGCCUGUGAGGCGAGUCGCGCUCUGUGUCUGAACACAUGCUCAGCCAGUGCAUUUUCUUCCUGGCGCCGUUUUGACUUCGUUACUGCUGAAACCGCUCGUUAUCGUCACUCUUUUGUGAACGUACUGUCGUUGACUCCUUUUUGCAUUCACUCGUCUUCCGAGACUGCACAGUAUGUGCCGUCUCAAAGAAUGUUGGACUGAUGCUCGUGUAGAGCAGCUUUUCUUGUACUUCCAGUUUCGGCCGUAGCUAUUGUGUAUUGCUACUACGCUCUCGUGAUAUUUCUCGGCCGAUUGGAUACCUUUUGACAG